AUGUUUGAAAACUUUACAGGUGCAACCGCAUUGACUUGCGAAGAUUGUCCAGGUUGUGAUGGUGUGUGUUAUAAUACUCCCGAUGGUCAAGUUUGUGCUUGUGCGGACGAUAAAUUUGGAACAAACUGCGAUUUAUGUUUGAUCAAGCCUGAAUUGACUGACGGUGGAAAUGGAUACCAAUACCUGAAAACUAUUGAAGUUUACAAUUAUAUCUCAGCUCAGUUAUUUUGCGAUAGAAAUGGCGGCCAUCUCGCAAUUUAUGGACCACGUGAUCCUAUUUGGUUAGCUGUGAAUUCCGCCGCGUUCGGUGGAACUUAUGUGGGGCUCACAGACAGAGAUACAGAAGGAACAUUUUACUGGAACGACGGGGCGUUAGCCGAUGAAGUUUAUACUCCCUGGUUACCAUCCCAACCUGACGACCUAAAUAACCAGGACUGUGCGUUGCUUAGAACAGACGGAUUUCUCACAGAUGAAGCUUGUACAAUAUUAUCUCGGGCUCUCUGUGAGAUACCAAUAGAUUAUCCUGCUCGAGUACCAAAAUUCAUUGCAAAAAACAAUUGCGAAUACUUCAUCAUUCCUCCGGCAUUUCAACACGUUAGUGAAAUACUUUGCGAACAAAAAGGAGGAGUUCUUGCGGUCGAUGCGAUAAAUAAUGGAAACAACCUCAAAAAACUUCUUCAUCAUUUCACUCAGAAUGGACAAAUACAGACUGGUGUUUUUACAGGAUUUGAAAAAGUGGGAACGAAUUUUUUAGCUGACGGAGUCGCGAUAGAUGUGUCUGGACCGGCGGCAGAAUGGUCUCCAGGCCAUCCAGGAGACGUUUCGGAUAGUUGUGUAAUGGCAAAAUUAACUCCAGAUUGGUUCGACUACGGCUGGCUUGAGGAUGUUUCUUGCCAUCAACUUCUACCGGGAUUGUGCGAAGUAUGCCGUUCCAUAGCACCUUCAAAUGAGCAAACGUGCAAAAGUGGUAAAGUCUGUACAAUGGAGAAUACGAUUUGUGUAGUUCAUGAAGGAAGCUGUUUUGAAGAAUGUGUGUGUGCAAAAGGAUACAUAUUUGAUCCUGCAAAUUCAAUUUGCGUCCAAGACAAUGCAUGUAACAGCGUUACUUGUGGACUAAAUGCGUGCUGUGUUUUUGACUCCAAUCUGAAUCGACCCACAUGUAGGUGCGAAGGGGACUAUCUACCCUCAGGCCCUAAUGAAGGAGAUGACUGCAGCUAUCCCUCGUGCACUACGCCAAAUUGUGGGAGCAACGCAAUUUGCGUUCGAAAUGUUGACACAUACCAAGACGAAUGUAUAUGUCUGGACAAUCAUAUACCCAAUCCUGCAACGGCAGGAGCAUGUGUUCAAAAUCCAUGCGCAACAGGAGGACUUAACUGUGGAGCAAAUACCAAAUGUUGUAUAACAAACCCCAGUACGGCAUCUGGUGAAUGCUUAUGUGACGAAGGAUACUACUACGUAACUGGAAGCACGACCGAAUGUUUUGAUCCAUGUGACAAUUCACUCAUUACAUGUGGAACAGGUGCAAUUUGUGUUGUAGAUGUGAGUGAUAUUUCUCUACCAAAAGGUGUGUGCGCAUGUCCGACGAAUACUAUUACGCUUACGACUGCUGCCACUGGUGGAUGUAUCAUCGACAAAUGCUCAAAUGGAGAUUAUCCAUGUGAACCUAAUUCACAAUGCCUCGUCAUAGAUACAACCACAGGACAACAAGCAUGUGUUUGCAAAGAAGGUUUCUACAAGAUCACGGAUACUGAUGAAUCAGGAUGUUUUGAUCCGUGCGACGGUGUGAGUUGUACUGGAGCAUCUGAAAGUUGUGUGAUUGACUUUGGUGGUUCUACACCGACAGGUGUGUGUGUAUGCAACGUGAAUUUCAUAAGGAACUUUGAUAAUAACUGCGUUGCUGACGUGUGUGCCACAUUGUCGUGUACAAACGGUGUUUGCGGAUUCAAUAAUCCUCCAUCAUUUCAACAAGGAUGUGUUUGUAAUCGUGGCUAUGGAUUCGAGAUUUCUUCCACUACUGUGUGCGAAGCAUGUCCACAAACAAGAUGGGAAUUUCCAAACAGAAGUGCCAGUGAUUAUAUUUUGAUCAAUGAUCCAGCAGGUUUAAACCAAUUAAGUGCAAUCACUUUAUGUGCGUGGUUGACGCCACCAUCUGGAGAAGAUUUGACUGGGCAUUUAUUCAGUUAUGCAACCAGUAGCUCAUCCAAUAAAUUUAUAUUGAAUAUACUAUCGACCGAGCAGACUGUGUUUCUACAUUCUUCUGCAAAUGGCCUGGAAAGGGCUGACUUUGAUCUAAGAAUUUCGAAACGAAGUCAUUUGUGUUAUGUGGUUGCAAGAGAGCUAUAUUAUGUGCAAUUGUUUUUAGACGGCAAACUUUUUGAUACAGUCCAGUACGACAGUAAUGAAAGCGACCCCGCCGAAACAGGGCAACAGGCAAUCAUAAUCGGUCAAGACCAAGACAGUAUCGGGGGCGGAUUUCAAGCGAAUCAAGCUUUUAAGGGAACCAUAGAAAAUAUGUUAGUAUACGACAGAGUUCUAACACGCGAGGAGAUCAAGACUAUGGCCGCUGACUCCUGCUCCUGCAUAACUGAUUAUUACUUAACUUUGGAAGAAAGCAAGGUGACAUCACACGGUGGAGUUGUCCAGGGCACUCCAGUUCCCUGUACCUGAAUGAAUUGAUUCAAAUCCAAAUUGAGUUGAUGGGUUUUAUUUUAUAAUCUGUGAUAGAUUGAAUGAUAUCAAUUUAAAAUUUCAG